AAAACAUCUCUUUCAAAGUUUCGUCUUUUAGGGUUCCAAAUCAGAUUCGAUCGUAUCGCUCCUCUCGAUUUUCACACCCACUUUCUUUUUUUGUUCUUCUUCCUUAAUUAUUAUUAUUAAUUUUUUUGGAAAUUUUUUUUUCUCAUUUAGGGUUUCGAUCUUUUUGUCGUUAACCUCUUUCGCUCUCUGCUUGUUCGAAUCCAAUUCCUGAAAUAGAAUUUUAAUUUUAAUUUUUUUUCAAAUUCGAAGUCGUUUUGGGGUGCUCUAAAAUCUAAACGGUGAGUUUGUGAUUUUUGCCCCAAAUUUUUUUUUUUUUUUUUUUUUAUCAGGGUUAGGGAUUUUUUUGUUUGUUUGUUUGUUCGUACAAUUUCAUUUCCGAGCUUUGCGUUCUGUUAACUACGAGUUGUAGUGGUAGUAGUAGUUGAUAAUUGGUAAGCAGUGAUUGGGGUUUUUCAUUCUUUUGAAAAAUUUUGAACUUUUUUAGGGUUUGGUUAUUGUAUUUUUUAGGGAUUGUACUGAUUUGCAGCGAAUUUGCUUUGAUUUUUUUUUUUUUUUUUGGGGUUUUGUUAUGGUAAAUAGAUAAAGCGAGCUGUGUGUUAAAAACAAAAAAAGAAGAAGCAAGAAGAAGAAAGUUGAUUUCUUGGAGGGGCAUUUCUUCGUAAAUUGUUGAGAAAUUCAGGGGUAAAUGUUUUCGCCGAACAUGAAUUCUGUGCCGGAAGAAGCCGCAGUUCCGGGCACAGUGUUAAUCCCAAUGCGGUUCGUUUGGAAACAUGGUGGGAACAGUGUUUUUCUUUGUGGCUCUUUCACUCAGUGGGCUCAGCUUGUGCCGAUGUUGCCCGUUGAGAAUUGUGAUAACGUGUUUCAAACUGUUUAUGGCUUAUUGCCUGGAUACCAUCAGUACAAGUUCUAUGUUGAUGGACAAUGGCGAUAUGAUGAAUCUGAACAUCAUGUGACUGGUGAAUAUGGGAUUGUGAACACGCUACAUCUGUCUACGGAUGACAUGGAUGUCGAUACUGAAACCUUUCGGCGUGUGGUCCGAGUUACAGAUGGUACACUGACUGAGGUAGUGCCCAGCAUAUCAGAAACUGAUUUACAGGCAUCCCGUCAACGUAUAUCUGCUUUUUUGACUAAUCACACUGUUUAUGAGUUACUUCCUGAGUCAGGCAAGGUUGUUGCUUUGGAUGUUGAUUUACCAGUGAAGCAAGCAUUCCACAUAUUACAUGAGCAGGGAAUCCCGAUGGCUCCUCUUUGUGACGUCCGCAGGGGGCAGUUUGUUGGAGUUCUUAGUGCAUUCGAUUUUAUUUUAAUAUUAAGAGAGCUUGGGAAUAAUGCGUCAAAUCUGACAGAGGAAGAACUUGAAACACAUACUAUAUCUGCUUGGAAAGAGGGAAAGGCGUAUCUUAACAGACAGAACGAUUGUCAUGGGAGAGCAUUUCCUAGGCGUUUCAUCCAUGCUGGUCCAAAUGAUAAUUUGAACGAUGUUGCUCUCAAGAUACUGCAAAAUGAGGUGGCCACAGUUCCCAUUAUCUAUUCAUCUUCCGAAGACGGAUCGUUUCCACAAUUAUUACAUCUUGCUUCACUUACUGGAAUUCUAAAAUGUAUUUGCCGAUAUUUUAGACAUUCUGCAAGCUCAUUACCUAUCCUCCAACUGCCAAUUUGUUCAAUUCCUGUGGGUACAUGGGCUCCUAAAAUUGGAGAAUCAAAUCGUCAACCGUUAGCAAUGUUGAGACCUAGUGCUUCUCUUCGUUCAGCAUUAAAUUUGUUAGUUCAAGCUCGAGUAAGUUCAAUACCAAUUGUUGAUGACAAUGACUCAUUACUGGAUAUAUAUUGUCGGAGUGAUAUAACAGCAUUGGCUAAAGACAGAGCUUAUACGCAUAUUAAUCUUGAUGAAAUGACAGUUCAUCAGGCAUUGCAGCAGUUGGGUCAAGAUUUAUACUCUGCUUAUGAGCUAAGGAGUCAAAGAUGUCAGAUGUGUUUGCGCUCUGACUCACUCCAUAAAGUUAUGGAGCGAUUGGCAAAUCCAGGUGUUAGACGGCUUGUCAUUGUGGAGGCUGGCAGCAAGCGAGUGGAAGGCAUUGUUUCACUCAGUGACAUUUUCAAGUUCUUGUUUGGCUAAUUCAAAUCAAUGAUUGAUGAUAUAAUUGAAGAGGCUUGUGCAAUCACUUAAGAUUUCCAGAUGUUUAUGGGCAUCAUCACCUGCUCAACUGUUCCAUAGAGACUCAAGUAGUUUACACGAUGACUUGAUCUCGUUUCGCUAAAAUAUACAAUUGGAUUGGCAAUUGGAUUGGCCUCUUGCUUCAACGCCUGCUUUUUUAGGAUUUUAGGCUAAAGAAAGAGGCUGUAAAUUGAGAGCAUUUGAUUCUCUCCCAAAUUUGUUCAUCAUCCCCUGUCCAUAUUGUUAUCAAGUACAUUAUGUCGUUACCUUUAGAUGCAUUUUUAAUGGGGAGCCUGUCGCCUGUAAUAUUUCUAUUCUGCAAUGAAGCAAGUGCAGAAAAGAGUUGGGGAAGAUGAAUACUAAAUGAUUAAAGUUAUGGUGUUAAGCUUCAUUAACCCAUUAAUAUGCAUUGCUUUUUCAAUUU